CUCACACACACAUACACACACACAUACACACACACAUACACACACAAAUACACACACAUUAACAUAGAUAACUCUAAGAUAACUGUUAUAAACAAUAGAUCGCAUGGUCCAGAAUCUGUCUUUUCAUUAAACGCUUUGUGCCGAUAAAAUGUAUCCAAAACUUCCGUUUGCUAGCCCAAUUGUUGACCAAUUAUUGAUGAAUUUGUUGCUUAUCAGCCGUUGGGUCAUUUAGCAAUUGAGCUCGUUGUUGUGCUGCAUUCAAGCAGAGCGGAUAUAUUCGAUAUGUCGGCGUAUUUUAUAAAAUAGUUGACAGAAUAUUUUGCAAAUGGCGCUGCUUUGGUUCACGGUGCAGCUGAUACUGCUCUGGUUUGCGGUGGAGAUCAACGGCUUGGCCAAGUUUACAAACGUCGAGUGCACUAGCCAGGAUGCCAAUUUAACCAUCUUCACUUCCUGUCGCCUUUAUGCGGUUAAGCGUGACGUCGUUGAAAUGAGCGUGCGAGUAAAGAUCAUACAGUUUCCAAAAAAGCCAAUUGCGAUGCGAAUUCAGUUGCUGAAGCGUGCCAGCGGCUAUAAGCCCUUCCUUUACGACAUUAAACACUGCAAUAUGUGCGAGUAUCUGGAGAAACGGAAUCAUCCAUUUGUGAACAUUGUCUUCAAUAGCUUCGCCAAUCAUACAAAUGUCAACAAGUGUCCCUUGCCUUCUGAGCUGCGUGUGGAGCAUUUUCGGUUUCCGGUCAAGUCGCUCGAUUUUCUACCUCUGCCUGGCGGCGACUAUGCGAUCUAUUCGACGUUCAGCUUGGACCAUCGAGAGCGCGUCUCGCUCAAGGUGUUCUUUUCGCUAACCGAAUAA